AUGCAGGAAGAUAUGGAAAUGAAAAGUGGAAGCGCUGUGCGCUCAGGACCAGUUGGGAGUGGGAAUGGUGGCUAUGAGACCUCUACAGUGCGCCAGAAGCAACAACUAGAGAGAUACCUCAAUUUCUUCUCAUCCGUCGCAUUUUCUACCUGUCUGCUUGCCACAUGGGAAACUGCUGGUGGUGGUUUAAUGGCGGGCUUAUACAACGGCGGCCCUUCAUCGAUUGUUUAUGGAAUGAUCUUGAGUACCUUGGGUAAUCUGACCAUCGCAUCCUCUUUGGCCGAGCUUGCCUCUAUUCACCCAACUGCGGGUGCUCAAUAUCACUGGACCUAUUUCCUCGCGCCGCCUUGUUGCCGUCGAUUCCUCAGUUUCUUCCAGGGCUGGGUCACAUGUGGUGCCUGGGGUGCAUUGGUUAGUAUAGCUCCUUUUUUCAUCGGUACGCAAAUCCAGGGCAUGCUUGUGAUGGCGAAUCCCGAGUAUGAGAUUGUGAGGUGGCGUGGUACCCUGCUCAUGUGGGCAGUUGCAAUUGUCCCGAUGGUAAUCAAUAUCUUUGCACGUCGUGUCCUGCCAGGGGUCGAGGUUGCUGCAGGUAUCAUGCAUGUCGUCUUCCUACCCGUCAGCAUCGCGGUCUUGGUCAUCCUUGCCCCUCGAAACCCUGACUCGUUUGUUUGGGAUACUUUUGUGGGCGGCCUGAGUGGCUGGAAGGAUCCCGGAGUGUUAUUCUCCGUCGGUCUUCUUGGUGUCAUUACUCCCCUAUCCGGCCUCGAUGGUAUCAUCCACAUGUCUGAAGAAGUCAAAAAUGCCAGAGUCAUUGUUCCCCGCUCCAUGAUCCUCGGCACCAUAAUUAACGGAGCCCUUGCAUUCUGCUACCUGAUUGCCGUCCUCUACUGCAUGGGCGAUUAUCAAGAGGCCCUUAUGAGUCCUACUGGAUAUCCUAUUAUUACAAUCGUCUAUCAAGCAACUGGAUCCAAGGCAGCCACCUACGUCCUCAUGGCAAUGGGUAUGACCCCCGCCUGGAUCGCCCUUUUCAACAGUCUUGCCUCUGUCACACGUCUCAUCUGGGCUUUCGCUCGAGACAACGGACUCCCCUUCUCCGACUUCUUUGCUGUGGUCGAUAACACCUACAAGAUUCCUCUCCGUGCUUUAUUCCUGGUUGCAUCAUGCAUCUUUGCGCUCUCUUUCAUCCAGAUUGGUUCUACAGCUGCAUUCAACGCUAUUCUCUCCCUCAGCACACUCGGUCUUUACAUUUCCUAUCUUAUCCCUCUCGUCCUUCUUGUUUACAGGCGCUUCACAUCGCCCCAAGACAUCCCACAGGGAGCCUUCUCCAUGGGAAAAUUCGGCCUCCCCAUGAAUCUUCUUGCCAUUCUCUUCGCCACCUAUUUCGUUAUCUUCCUCCCAUUCCCAUCUACUUUGCCGGUUACCGCCGAGAAUAUGAAUUAUGCCGGGCCUGUACUUGGCUUUGUUAUGGUACUGGCCUGUGUGGAUUGGGUUAUUCGCGGACGGCAUAAGUGGGAAGGCCCAAUGAUGAAACCUUAUGCCAGAGACGAUUGA